AUGCAAAAACGAAUCGAGGAGCUAGAAGGUACGAAAAAACAAUUAUCACAAAUGUAUGUUUCCAUCGUUUUUUUGCCAAUUUUGUGGACCCAAACGGGAAUCACCGCGAUGGUAGGAGCGCCAAACGCACAGAAAUUACCUAUGUUCCUCAGGCUAAUCUUAAUUAAAUUUAUUCUCAUGUCGAGAACAUUGAGAGAAGAACGACGUGCAUUAAUAAUUCGCCCACUUAUUUGCAUCUCAUUGAAUAAGAAUAGCGACUAUUGAUAUAUACCUCAUUCUUUAAAACACACCGACACCUAUAAAUGACCGUGUAUUCGAGAAUUUUAGCGUACCCUGCUACACGUGUUCAUGAAUUUAAAACCACACCUACCCAACCUUUAUACCUGCACUGUAUGAUGAACAACACAGGGAGCUCUCGAUGAUUCUAGCACAAUUUCCGAUCAUUCUCCUCCGUGUAAAAACUCCACCGUUCUUGUUACAUUUUUGCGGGGGAUCGUUUGGAAUCGUGUAGUAACUAUUUACGAUCGAUAUUUAGGAAAUGAUAAAGGUUGAGGAUUAUUUAAGGCGCGGCGUUGUAUAAAUCUAUUGUUGUAUGAAGCUUAAGUCAGUCCAGAGAUACGAUUGCAGUAAAAUUAGUAUAUGUUUUGGCUUUGUAGGGGCGAGUUUUCAGGGCAAAGACGGAGACGGUGAGGACGAAGAUGCCGACGAAGAUGCCGAAUUGUGCGAAACCGAAGAGGAGGAGCCAAAGCCUAAGGAGCCAAAAAAAACAAGGGCUCAAAGAAUUCCCGAGGUUUGUUAG